GGCCUUAGCUGGGAUCAUAAUCCAAAGGAUUUCAGCAUAUUUAAUCUUCCAACAUCCUGUCAGACAAGGGGACCCACCUGACAGCAAAGGAAAUGUGAGAGUGACCAUGCAGUUCACUGGGCAUAUCACAUACUGCACCACUGGAAACCUGGCAGCCGUAUGGAGCAUUGGAACAGCCUGCUGAAUGCAGAAUUGAAGGGCUAUUUAAAGGCAAUACUCUGAGGACUGGGUGCUGUCCUUCAGCAAGCAGCAUAGGCCUUGAAUCAAAGACCUUCAUUUAGCAUUGUAUCCCCAACAGAGAGAAGAUGGAGGUCUGGGAGCCAAGGAAUAGGAGCAGAAAUGACCACACAUACUGUCACUCACAGUGACUAACUGGGAGCUUUGUGCUUCCUGUCUCCACAACUGGAGACUUUGCAGAGUUAGGGAUCUUGUUCCCCAAAAGAAGCAUACUUUUACCAGGAGGCACAGCAAGAAUUCCAAUGAAUUAUAAGCUAAGCCUUCUGCCUCAUGCACAUGGAUUGGGCUUCUUGUGUCUAGGGACCAGCAAGAAAGAAGAGGAGUCACCAUGUUGAUAAGGAUAACUGACCCUGUUCAUGUAGAGGAAGUAGGGUUGCUGUUAUAUAAUGAGGGAAAGGAGGAGUAUGUAUGGAACCAUAUGAGCUCCUUGGGUGCCUCUUGUGAGAGUAAAAGGAUAAAAACAGCAACUAUGGUCUGAGAAGGAAAUGUAACCAGGGGCUCCAGGAAGUUUGUGAGUCAUGACAUUAGGUGAACACCUGAGGCUGUCAGAGGUGGAAGCUGAGGUGAAAGGAAUCUAUAAUAGAUAGGAAAGAGGCAGAGGAUGAGUAUCACCUGCAGCCUCGAGAUCCACUACAAGGGCCAGGGCUCUAGUUUUUCUUACCACUUCCCUCUUCUAAAUUUUCCCCCAGGAAGAAAGGCCUCCUACAAUUUGGAAGGAGCCACUCCCGGAGCAUAUACAAAAAGUAGGUCUAAGACAGCAAAUGGUGGACUCUGAAAGACAGGGAGAUGAGUUUCCCAGAUCCCACUUCAUGGAAGGUUUUGCUGCCCUAGCUGUGAAAAGUGUGAUCAGCAGACACUUCUGAUGGCAACUAAAUGUCGGAUCCUUCAGGGUCUGCCUCAGCUGCAGAGAAGGGCCUCACCUAAGGGGAUGCCUUUCCCGGGCAACCCACACCAGGUGACUGGGCAAGGCAGGGUUUCAUGGUCUAGCCAUUUCUGUCUGACCCAGCGACACUUGAUAGGCCACACUCACUCCAGAGCUCCCCAUGAGUUGACCAGGGCUUUGUUAAACGUGCAUUGCAGUCUCACUUUUCUCUCUGCUCACUCCUGCUUCUCCUCCCUUCUUUUCACAGGAGUUAAUUUCUAGUAAGUUAUCUUGUACCCCCAACUCUGUCUCAUGUCUGCUUUGGGAGAACCCUCACAAAGUUUUCUAUGCUCAGAGGAUAUAAUUUGAUCACAGCAUAACUGAUGCAUGGUAAAGGCACUGUUUUGUUGAGGAUUUUUAAUGUCUUCAUCACAGCUUUCAAUAUGAUAUACUUUUACUUCUUAUCUCCUUGUCUUCAACCUUAAGGAAAAACCAUAAUUUUGUUUUACCAAAAACAUAAGAAAUUUUCUUCCAGUGUAGUUUCUGUCUUCCCUAGAAAACAGAAUUGAGGCAUUGUCUAGUAACAAAGUGGGGAAAUCAGUUUCCUCUGGAGGAAACAUACUCCCUAUUGGUCACCUCCCUCAGCUAUUUACUGGGAAAAUCUUUUUUGGUUUCAGUUACGGUAAAACUCUGGAUUUUAGCCAGAUUCUCUGAGUUCAAAAGUACAAAGCUCUGUAGGACACUUGCUCUUUCUAAAUGUUUUUUCAAAGGUUAAAAAUUAAGUUUCAAAGAAUACCCAGGGUGCAGAAGAGAGACAGACACUGAGACUCUCCAACAUGAAGCUUGCUCAUGUUAUUUUGUUACAUUUGUGCUUCUGCAUAAGUUUUUGCAAGCUCUCUUCAAUAUUAAACACACCUCAAAAGGAUCUGGUAGACAAAAAGUGCUUAACUGAAAAAUACACACAUCUCUCCUGCAAGAAAGUCUUCUGCCAACCAUGGCAGAAAUGCAUCGACAGGACCUGUAUUUGUAAACUCCCUUAUCAGUGCCCAAAGAAUAGUACCCCAGUGUGUUCAACUAACGGGAAAACCUACCCAACUUACUGUCACCAAAAGAGUUAUGAAUGUCUUCAUCCAGGAGCAAAAUUUUUAAAUAACGGAGCAUGCACAGCUGAAGGACAAUUUAGUGUUUCCAUAAAGUAUGGAAAUAUCACUUCAGAAGGAAUUGUUGAAGUAAAACUUGUAGACCAAGAUAAGACAAUGUUCAUAUGUAAAAAACCCUGGAGCAUGACAGAGGCUAAUGUGGCCUGUUUUGACCUUGGAUUUCAACAAGGUGCUUUUGAUAUUCAAAAACAGUUUGAGAUUCCUGAAAAUCUCUAUAUAAAUUCCACUGAAUGUCUCCAAGUGCGUUGUCGAGGAUUAGAGACGAGUUUGGCUGAAUGUACUUUUACUAAGAGAAGAACUAAAAAUGACCAGGAUUUCGCUAGUUUGGUUUGCUACACACAGAAUGCAGCUCCUCUAACAAAUGACUCCUUUCACUGUGUGAACGGGAAAUACAUUCCCCAAAAGAGAGCCUGUAACGGUAUCAAUGAUUGUGGAGACCAGAGUGACGAACUGUGCUGUACAGGAUGCCGAGGCAAAAGUUUCUUCUGUAAAUCUGGUGUUUGUAUUCCAAACAAAUAUAAGUGCAACGGUGAGGUGGAUUGCAUUACAGGAGAAGAUGAAAUUGGUUGUGAAGGAACUGGACAUCCUGAAAUUAAAGGUGGCUUUUUACAUGUGGCUCAAGAAGAAACAGAAUUUUUGACUGCUGAUAUGGAUGAAGAAAGAAAACGGAUAAAGUCAUUUCUCCCUAAAGUGUCCUGUGGAGUUAAAAACAGCGUGCCCAUUCGAAGGAAACGAGUCGUAGGAGGAAAGCCGGCACACAUGGGAGACUUCCCGUGGCAGGUGGCAAUUAAGGAAAAUGAGAAAAUCAAAUGUGGAGGAAUUUAUAUUGGAGGGUGUUGGAUUGUAACUGCUGCACACUGUGUCAGCAUGAGUAAAAUAUACCAUUACCAAAUAUGGGCAUCAUUUCUAGAUUCGUUAAGACCUGACAUCGACGUAAUUGUUCACUUGGCAAAUAAAAUUAUUAUUCAUGAAAAGUACAAUGGAACCACCUAUGAAAAUGACAUAGCUUUGAUUGAAUUGAAAAAACACUCAAACCGAAAAGAAUGUGACCUGCCUAAUUCCAUCCCUGCCUGUGUCCCCUGGUCUUCAUAUCUAUUUCAACCUAACGACAAAUGCAUUGUUUCUGGCUGGGGUCGAGAAAAAGAUAACCAAAAAGUCAGUUUACUUAAGUGGGGUGAAGUUAGCCUAAUCAGCAACUGCUCCAGGUUUUAUCCGGGUCGCUAUUUUGAAAAAGAAAUGGACUGUGCAGGUACAGAUGAUGGUUCCAUCGACGCCUGUAAAGGGGACUCUGGAGGCCCCUUAGUCUGUAAGGAUGUCAACAAUGUGACUUAUGUUUGGGGUGUUGUGAGUUGGGGUGAAAACUGCGGAAGACCAGAGUACCCAGGUGUUUACACAAAAGUGGCCAAUUAUUUUGACUGGAUUAGCCAUUAUGUGGGAAGGUCUCUUAUUUCUCAGUACAAUGUAUAAAAUUGUGAUCUCUCUCUUCUGCUCUUUUUCUCUUGGGAGUUGGAUUUUAGUUGAAAUGAUACUGCAUAAUUAGUACUUCUCUAGGAAAAAAAUAAUAAAGCACAUUUUAUUGGAUA